AUGGUGCUUCGAUUCAGCACUCAGUUCACGCGCCCGAUCUCUUUCAAACUCCCUAAGAUCCCGCGGCUCAGCGUCCAGGAUUUCAAGCUCAAAGAACAGCCACCAGGAUACAUUGUGGGAACCGUGAACGACGCCUAUGUUCCGCCUGCCCCCAACGAAUACCAUGGCUCUUACCAUUGGACAUACGAAAAAAUAGUCACUUUGGGGAUGGCUCCAUUGGUGAUGGCUCCAUUUGUUGCUGGUGUUCAGCACCCGCUUGCUGAUGCCGUGAUGGGCACUUUAAUGCUUUGGCACUGCAAAGCAGGCUUCGAAAGCUGUAUCAUCGAUUACAUUCCUUUGAGAGUGUACGGUAUCUGGCACAAGACCGCGAUGGCUCUGCUUGGAGCAGGAACGUGGCUCUCACUCUACGGACUCUAUGUCAUCGAAACAGAACAAAACGGCCUGUGUAAUAUUAUUCAGAGUUUAUGGCUAGCUUAG